ACUUCGUCUACACAAAAAACUCCCUCUUCUUUCUUUUCCUCUCUUCCCCCCCCCCACAAAAAACCCUACAGAUAUUCUUAGUUAUUCACCAUCUCUUCUUAGUUUUCUGCACCACAUCUCUUAGAUUACCAGCCAUGGUGGUGGCAUCUCCAAACCCAACUCGCAACGAAAAGAUCCAGGCCGUUGAUCUUCCCAUCAUAGACCUCUCAGCCGAGAGGUCACAAGUGAGGAAGCUCAUUGUCAAAGCUUGUGAGGACUAUGGUUUCUUCAAGGUCAUCAACCAUGGCGUCCCAAAAGACAUUAUAUCCAAAGUGGAGGAGCAAAGCCUCAGCUUCUUUGCCCAACCAGUGUCCGAGAAGCAAAGGGCAGGGCCUUCCGAUCCCUUUGGCUAUGGCUGCAAGAACAUAGGCCUCAAUGGUGAUACGGGAGAGAUUGAGUACCUUAUUUUCAACACAAACCCAAUUUCUAUUGCUCAAAGAUCCAAAACCAUCUUAAAUGAGCAUACAAAAUUCAGCUCGGCAGUGAGUGGAUACAUUGCAGCAGUUAGGGAUUUGGCAUGUGAGCUCUUGGAUCUGAUUGGUGAGGGAUUGUGGGUCCCUGACACAUCAGUCUUCAGUAGGCUGAUCAGGGACGUCGACAGUGACUCGGUCUUCAGGCUCAAUCACUACCCGCAUCUGCACAACAAGAAGGACAUCUGCAAGGAUAAUGAUACGUCACCAUCCUCCAUCAGUAACAUCAGCAAGGUAGGGUUUGGGGAGCAUUCCGACCCUCAGCUCCUCACCCUCCUGAGGUCCAACGACGUGGGCGGCCUCCAAAUCUCUCCACAAGAUGGGGUGUGGGUCUCCGUCCCCUCUGACCCCACGGCCUAUUGGGUUAAUGUGGGUGACGUGUUGCAGGCCAUGACAAAUGGAAGAUUUGUGAGCGUUAGACAUAGAGCCUUAGCCAAUUCAUCAAAGUCUAGAUUGUCAAUGGCGUAUUUUGCAGCUCCCUCCCUGAACGCAUGUUUGAGUGUUCUUCCAGAAAUGGUCACACCGGAGAAGCCUCGGCUCUACAAACCCUUCACUUGGGCUGAGUACAAGAAAACCACGCACUCUCUACGCCUCGGCGAAAACCGUCUUAACCUCUUCAGAAUUUCUACCAAUGAUGAAUGCUUCAUAGAUCAACCGCUGGAAUGAGAAGUCAUAGAGAAAAAGAAGAGGAAAGUACAAAUUCUUACUGCAUUGUGAAGCGAAGCAGCCUUUUUCUUUCUUUUUUGUUCUUCAUGCAUUCGGUUUUCCCAAAGUUUUUCUUACUCAUAGCGAAAGUCAUAGACUUUGUACUUAUAUAUGGGAAAAUGUUGUACUUAAUUAGGUUAUCAAUGAAAGAAAAGGAAGAAAAAAUUAAUCUCAGGACCUAUGGUCUAUAUUUAGUUUAUUUU